ACGUUGUCGAUCUCUCCAACAUCUAGGCGGACAUAUUGCGUGUUCUGGGUUAYGAAGGAGACGGACGUCUUCUUAUUUUAAACCCUUAUUUUUCACUUAUUUCGUCAACAUUUCUCGUUUCAAGGUUAUCGCGUGCUGCUUCUCUUCAAGGGUGGUACAGACCCACUCCUCUCUAAAAUUCACCAAGUAUCCUGACGUAGACCAACUUCUUAAAAGAAAGAAGUUCGAAUUUGACUUCAACGUCGACACAGAACCAAGCUGACAUUUUGCUAAGGGAGAAUAAAACAGGAUUGAUAUUUGCCCCUCUGCCCUAAUUGAAGAUGAAGCAGAAUACGACUGGAAUGGACAAUGCUAUUGAAAUUGUGGAAGAUGAUAUUUCUUACAAGAAAAUUAUUCAAGAGAAGCUUAAUUCUCUUGAACGUGAGGAUUGUGAUGAUGCCUUCUACAUUGUAGACUUGGCUGAUGUGAUCCUUAAACACAAAAAGUGGGUUCAACUGCUUCCAAGAGUUGAGCCUUUUUAUGCUAUGAAAUGCAAUGAUGAUCCAAUUAUUCUCAAAUUACUGGUUGGUCUUGGUUUGGGAUUUGACUGUGCAAGCAAGAGUGAAAUUCAGACUAUUUUGGGUCUUGGAGUCUCGCCAUCCAAAAUAGUUUAUGCUAAUCCUUGCAAGCAGGCAUCACACUUCAGGUUUGCUGCUCAGCAUAAUGUUUCUUUAACAACCUUUGACAAUGAAAUGGAACUGCACAAGGCAAAAAAGCUGUAUCCAACAGCAAAGUUGAUCUUGCGUAUCCGAACUGAUGAUUCCAAAUCCCUGUGUCAGCUGGGGAUAAAGUAUGGUGCCCCUUUGAAGCAAUGUCGACACCUUUUGAAGGUUGCACAGGAUCUUGGACUGAAUGUYGUUGGAGUAAGCUUUCAUGUUGGUAGUGGAUGCUAUGAUGCAAGUGCUUAUGCCACAGCAGUUCUUUCAGCUCGUAGUGUCUUUGACUUUGCUGGCCAGUUUGGAUUUGACUUCAAAUUGCUGGACAUUGGCGGUGGCUUUCCUGGUAGUCCAGAUUCAGCCAUUUCCUUUGAAGAUGUCUGCAACACUUUGAACCCUUUAUUUGARGAACAUUUCCCUGCCAGCUCUGGAGUUCGUAUUAUUGGUGAACCAGGACGUUUCUACAGUGCGUCWGCUCUUACUCUUGCUGUCAAUGUCUUUGCAAAGAGAUUGGUUCCUUUCAACCAACUCCAAAGUGUAGACAAAGACAAGCUUGAGUCUCUUGGCUGUCCCAAGGAAGAACAAAUGGGCUACAUGUACUACAUCAAUGAUGGUGUGUAUGGUUCAUUCAACUGCUUGGUGUUUGACCAUGCUACAGUAGUACCAGAAACCUUGGAAGASAGCAAUGGAGAUGUACUGUACCCAUCAAGCAUCUGGGGACCAACAUGUGACUCCAUGGAUUGUAUCACUAAAAAUGCAACUCUUCCYAAGGUUGAGGUUGGUGACUGGUUGUUCUUUAGGAACAUGGGGGCCUAUACAGCUUCAGCUGCCUCUACCUUUAACGGUUUUAAYAAACCAUACAAGUACUACAUUAUCAGCCAACAUUACAGGAGUGUUUUGAAGCAGGUUUUGGAGCAAUUCGCGUCCAACAAUAUAAAGUGUAACCAAAAGAGCUUGGAGGAAUUYAGUGCUUUGUCAGUAUGCCAAGACYCUGUUUGCCCUGCCAUGGUUUAAAUACCAAACAAGAUUAUCCAUUGUGAUUUAAGAAAAAUUGCAUCAUCAUGUUAUARAUACACUAUAUUUACAAGUUUUUUAUUAUUCGAGUGCACAAAAUUAACAUAAUUGCAGAGUUAUAAUUUUUGAUGACGAAAUUAUGCAGGCUGGAAUUUCACGCAUUUUAUUUGCAUGUCAUUGAUAAAGUAGGUUUGUAAUUCUUGAAGGGAAUGCUUUUGUUUUGUAGGGGGAACAUGUUGAUGAAAAUAAGUUAUUAAAUUGGACAUGAUGUACUCAAA